UCAUGUCCUUGUACGGAGGUAUUCCGACGAAUUUGGUGAGCGGCAUGUCAUCUGCCGGAGCCAUUUGCACAACGCAAAUCAGGGAUGCUCGUGAGCGUGAGAAGAGAGAGAUCGGGCUCUUGAACGAUCGCUUGGCUGAUUAUAUCGAAAAGGUUCGCUUCCUCAAAGCACAAAACCAUGUGCUCUCCCAUGACAUUGAGAUUCUUCGCAGAGGAUUCUCGGGCGGUGGCCACAUUUCAAGCUUCUUCGAGUCAGAAAUUUCGAACUGCACAGUCAUUUCUGAGCGAAUCUUGUCAUCGCGCACAAAGUUCCAAGCCGACAUUACCGGGCUAGAGGGAGAGAUCGAGAUCUACCGCAAGAAGUGGCUUGAGGCUCUCAAAGUUGUGAGAUCUCAUCGCGAGGAUCAUCAUGUCAAUUUGGACAAGCUCGCCGAGGUUGAAGCCCAAAUCGCGCUGUUCAAUCGCAAGAUCCGUAUUGUUGAGGAGGAUGUGCUCAGAAUUCGUCGAGAGACUGGUGGCAUUCAAAAUGAUAUUGGCAGAAUUCAUUCGCAAAUUCACGCUGAGAUCGCGUUGAAAAACGAACGCCACCACAGUGUCCAGAUGCUUCUCCAACGCGUCCAGGUUAUCCAAACCGAAAACUCAUCCAGAAUCGAGCAGGAGCUCAUCUACAUCCACCGUGAUACCACACUCGAAAACCGAGACUACUUCCGACAAGAGUUGCAGGCGGCGAUGAGAGACAUUCGUGCCAACUAUGAAGCGAUGAGCAUUCGUUCCCGCGAGGACAUUGAAAUCGCCUACCGCAAGAGAAUCGAUGAGAUCAGAGUUAUCCCAGCACACGUACAUAUUGAAGACUACAGGGAGGAACUGUUAUCCAUUCGAACGACACUUAGCACGACGCACAGUAGAUUAGCGGAGAUUGAGAGCAGAAACGCGUGGCUCUUGACGACGAUCACAGAUCUUAAACACCAACAAGCAGAGGAAGCAAGAAUCUUCGAGGCAACCCUGGACGCAAAGCAAGCAACCUAUGAACAGUUCAAGGAGCGCUGCACGGAACUCAGCAUACAGAUGGAGAAGCUUUGCGAUCAUGAAACGUCGCUACAAGCAGAGCUGGAACGCUACAGAGUACUGCUCAACGGAGCCAACGUGACAACCUAUGUGUCCAACUCGACUGGAGCCGCUGGUUACCGAUCCUCCACCCACGUCGCCACUACUACAACCACAACGACCAAUGGGUAUUCUAGUGGAUACACGGCUGGAGGCUACACAUCCGGAGGCUACACAACCGGAGGAUACACUCGUGGAAUCACCGCCGGUGGUGCUGUCGGCGGAAUAUCCACUGGCGGAUACAUCGGACGGUCCUCCUCCUCACACGGAAUAUCCGUCGGUGGUAACAUUGGCGGUGUCUCAGUUGGAGGUCACAUCAAUGGCUACCAUGCUUCGGGAGACAUCAGUGCAGCUGGUAGACACCACGAGAGCUCCUACUCCUACUCUUCGUCCAACAACUAGGCAGUGAAUCGAAACUGUUCAUUGCCGUCAAAUAGUGUUGUUCCAUACAAUACCAAUCAGCUUUUUCUGUUUUUUGUUGUUGUUCUAGAAAACUUUCAAAGCGUGAUGGCGAUAGAAAGUUUCAAAUUCCUGUCUUGUUCAAAAACAAAUGUAUCAAAUAAAUUGUUGUCAUGUC